AUGAAAUUCACUAUUCGAACCGCUUUGUCCUUGUCGACUCUGCUUUUCGCCACGGGCGCAAUCGCUACGCCCUCCAAUAAUAUCGUACCACGAGCCGAAACCCUUGUCGGUUGCUACAGCAGCUCCGAUGGCCUUUCCAACAAGACCUACUACGAAUAUCAGAGCUCAGGAUGGUGUCUAAAUAACUGCGAGGAAACCAAUGCAGCCGCUUUCGCUUUGACAGCUGGUGCAUACUGUCUAUGUGGCAAUGAAUUACCCCCAACUUCAGACAAGGUAGCUUCAAGCAACUGUAACACAGUCUGCAAUGGUUGGCCGGAAGAUAAGUGUGGUGGAACUGGUUACUUCUCAGUAUACACGACAGGGUUAGACCCCGACGUGGAGAGUGUAUCAUCUUCCUCGACGGACAGCAGCAGUAGCAGCAGCAGCGGCACCAGCAACUCAACCGCAUCUGAAACUACGAGUGCAGGUGGUAGUGCAACUGUCAACUCCGCCGGUCAAACAGUAUAUGUGACAGAUACCAGCAACAAUGACGCCGCUGCCGCGGCCCAAUCUUCCCAGCAGGCGGAGGAACAGAAGCAGAGCAAGACUCAUAAUACGGCCGCCAUUGCUGCAGGUGUUGUGGUCGGUGUAGUGGGUUUGGCUGCCAUAGUUGGAGCUGCCUUCUUCUUCUACCGAGCCCGCAAGCAAAAGGCUCAGGGAUACCGUGGCGGUCGUGACUCAGGACCGUCGUCUAUGACAGAUUCGCGAUUCGACGGCCAGUAUAUGGCACAGCGCCGACAAAGCAACGGCAGUAUCGAUGACGAUCACGACUUCUCUCGCCGAAUCCUCCAGGUGACCAAUCCAGAUCGCUAG